GGACUUACAGGUAGACCGUAGCCCCGUCGGCGAAAAAAAUCGCAGCAGCCCCACCGCCAAAUAUCUCCACGUGCGGAUGUACUCUGCCACAGUAAAAACAGGCAAUUACGGUUUCACUUCUAAAAUAAAACAAUACAUGGGACAAUGCUGACGUAAUGCUGAGUCAUCCAUGCUCCGCCCGCAAGUCUUGUAUCUUUGACUUUGGUCGCCGCCCGCCCAUCAGACGUGACAGCACAGGCCGUGUUUCCAGGUGCUGUUGCAGUGAAGAUGGACUUUAGCACUAGUUGUAAUGGCUUAUUCGCCUUCUGAAGCAAGCUAGCUGUGUCUCGGAGGUUUGUUUUUCCCUGUCAAAUCUCCGUGGGAAGGGAGCGAGAACUGGGCUAGUCUCACAAAGACCACAAAAAAUGCACCCUGACUCGGAAUUGAGAAUUUGAACUGCAUCGCUGGGAUAAAUAAUUGAUGUGGUCAUGGCUGGGCUGAUCAAGAAACAGAUCCUCAAACAUCUCUCCAGGUUUGCUAAGAACCUGUCCCCAGACAAGAUCAACCUGAGCACGUUGAAGGGCGAGGGCCAGCUCACCAACCUGGAAUUGGAUGAGGAGGUACUGCAGAGCAUGUUGGACCUGCCCACCUGGCUGGCCAUCAACAAAGUGGGCUGCAACAAGGCUGCCAUCCGGAUCCCAUGGACCAAGCUGAAGACCCACCCCAUCUCUCUGACCCUGGACAAGGUGGUAAUGGAGAUGAGCACCUGUGAUGAGCCCCGCCCUCCAAAUGGCCCGUCUCCCAUAGCAACGGCCUCGGGGCAAAGUGAGUAUGGCUUUGCUGAGAAGGUGGUGGAGGGCAUCUCUCUGUCCAUCAACUCCAUCGUGGUGAAGAUCAGUGCCAAGGCGUUCAACGCCUCCUUUGAGUUGAGCCAGCUGCAGGUCUACUCUGUCAACACCAGCUGGAGCCUGUCAGACCUCCGCUUCACACGCAUACAUGACCCACACAGAGGAGAGAUCCUGACGUUUAAGGAGAUCAGCUGGCAGAUGAUCCGCAUCGAGGCGGAUGCCAUCCAGAGUGCCCAGAACGAGAUGCUGAGUGCCCCCAUCCGCCUCAUCACCAACCAGUCCAAGAUCAGAGUCACCCUGAAGAGACGGUCCAAGGACUGUAACGUGGUGGCCUCUAAGCUGAUCCUGAUCCUAGAUGACCUGCUGUGGGUGCUGACUGACUCCCAGCUCAAAGCCAUGGUCCAGUACGCCAAGUCACUCAGCGAGGCCAUGGACAAGUCUGCUCAGCAGAGGAAGAGCAUGGCCACCGAGGACCAGGAGUCGUCGGCGCCCCCCUCAGCCCAGCAGGUGCGUAGCCAGCAGGUGUCGUCAGGCACAGCGGCUGACCAGAGCGCCACCAUGGCUAAUCUGUUCGCUGCCUUCGACGUGUGUGAGACCUCCCACCACCUGCAGAUCACACACCUCGACCUGCACAUCUGUGACGACAUACACGCCAAGGACAGAGUGAUCAAUAAGAGGAUAACUGGUGGGGCCAUGCAGCUCUCCUUCAGUCACAUUACCCUGGACUACUACCCCUCCCACAGAGCAGGUGAGAGUUGUCUCCACUGGAUGCAGUACAGUGAGGCCACUAAGGCCAGGGAGGGCUGGGCCAGGAGUCUGCUGGAGGAGUUCAAGUCUAACGUGGAGAUGUUGAAGACCGCCAAGAGAGACCGGGAUGGUCCGGCCAACUCUCACACCUCACCACAGCACGGUAAGAUCAGUACUAGUUCUACCAGUAUCCUCAGUUCUCCCCAGACCCCCAGGGCGCAGCUCCUGUCCAGCUCCAUUGUCCUCAGGAUAGCUGACUUCAGCAUCUACCAGGUGUCCACAGCAGACCAGCGUCGCUCCAGCCCUAAGGCCAUGAUCUCCUGUAAUAAGAAGUCCCUGUACCUCCCUCCUGAGAUGCCUGCCAUCCACGUCGAGUUCACCGAAUACUACUUCCCUGACGGAAAGGACUACCCCAUCCCCUGCCCCAACCUGUAUGUGCAGCUGAAUGCGCUGCAGCUGGUGCUGGACCCCAGGAGCCUGGUGUGGUGCAACCUGUUUACGCUGGACCUGAGGCAGAGCCUGGAACAGUUCAUGGAGCUCUACAAGCUCAACGACGAGGAACAGAAGCCUGACGAGCACAUCGACAUCAGGGUGGACGGACUAAUGCUGAAGUUGGUAGUGCCCACGGACAGGGACUCCUCCUAUCCCCAGGACCUCCCCCGCUCCGUCUCUGUCCAAUGCUCGGAGAUGGUGGCCACCAACACCCGCCACCCCCCCAACUGCUCCCGCUCCCACCUGGAAGCCCUCCUCCUCUCCUUUCAAGAACAACAGUUUUUCUCCACCACCUUUUCCUCCUUCCCUCGCUCCUCCACCUCCUUCCCGGUGAUCCACCCCGUUUUCCAGCGCCAUGCGCAUGAGCAGGACACUAUGUUGCACAAUGUGUAUAAAGGGUUGGUGUCGCCCUCGUUGGGCGUGGAUGCCCUCAAAAUGCCAGCUGCCACAGACUUGUGGGCGGUUCAUUUUGCCCAGUUCUGGGUGGACUACGAGGGGAAGGGGCGGCCCCAGCCCUUCGUUGACGCCUUCCCCCUCACUCUGUGGGCGUGCCAGCCGGUCAGACAUGCCCAGCACCAGGAGCGGCUAAUGAGCGGGGCUUCGAGAGGGCAGAGAACGCCCCUUUCUGCAGCUGCAGGCCUGGCCAGGAGCGAGCCUGUGGAUACCGUUGGACGUCUGCAGAGGAAGAGGCUUUUGAAGGAGUACUAUAGUACUGUUACGGACGCCACGGCAACAGAGGCCUCGCUGCCGCCUAGCAAUGGGUUUCACAAGCCACUGUCCCUGGACAACAUCCCCCCACCUUCCUCGUCUUCCUCUUCCAGUAAGGAGGCAGACAUGCACAUGUUAGUGCACGUACAAAAGCAUUUGAGUGCUCAGGUGAGCCACAGGCAGUACAUGUUCCUGAUGCGGCUGCAGCGCAGCAUCAAAGCCUUGCAGCACACCCUGCAACAGGACCUGGAGGGGAUGGGCUCCAAACGAGACAAGGCAAAGACCACAUCGGACCCCCCUCCAGACCAACAGCCCUUCAGUGCCUGUGUGGGGAUCCUGCUCAAAAGUGCAGAGGUAGCCCUCCUCUUGAAGCCGGUACCCCAGCCCGAGGGUCCUGGUUCCCCCCUAGGGUCGGAGUUGUCCCCCUCGGAGAGUAGAUGCACCUUGGAGACUGGGAGUGACGGAGGGGAGGGGGGGGAUAGAGGAACCCACGUGGAGGGGGCUGGGGCGAAGGGAAGCUGUACAGUGGACCAGCUUAUGUGUGGGGUAGAGGGUGGGAUAACGCAAGGCCCCGCCCCUCUCAUCCCUGCCUCUGCCCCCAACCUGAAGGCUUCUCUUGACGAGAGGACAGGGAGAUCGAGUUCAGAGGAGUUGGGAGAGGCUUCCCUGGAGGCCUGGACUGGGGGAGAGGAGCCGGGGACCGGAGUUGAUUGUAAAGCCCAGCAGGGUGAGUCCUCCGGGGCAGACCCCACUCUCUCAGACCCCCUCUCCACCAAAGACUGGAACGAGAAGAACCCUGGGGCCAGAUUGCCUGAGUCUAUGUCCAGUGGGCGUCUGAUGAGGGAGCGUUCCCAGUCCAGUUUCUCAGUGUCCUAUAAGAACAUGAAGAAGACUCCGUCUCUGCAGUCCUUGGACAACCUCUCCAUAGACAGCUACCUGAUGGAGGAUGGAGACACAGACACAUACAGCCUGCUGGAGAGGGACGACGUGUCCAUCUCAGGCUUUAAGGAUGUGGUGAGGGAGCAGAGUGCCACAGAAAUUGCCAAGAAGGCAGCAGCAGUAGCGGCAAUGGGCACAGGGGAGCAGGACGGUGCUGGCUCACCAGAUACUGUCAGUGCCACCUCCCAGAGCAUCGACGAACCUACCAAAGACAUGGUGUCGGUGCUGGUGCUGAAGGUGCAGUGUGUGUGUGGGGGGAUGGAAGUGCGAGGGGAGAGCACGGCUGUGUCUCUGGAGGUGGGCUGCGUCAGACCCACACAGCUGGGAAACGUCAGCCUCCGACAAUACCUCAGCAACCGCAGCCUGGGUAUGGUACCCACUGCUCAGGGCAGCACUAUUGUACCCCCUGCCCCAGGCAGCGAAGGUGGUGGUCUGGAGGCCAAUUCAGACGGGACCACCCAUCUCCCGGAGGUCAGGGCUCGGCUGGAGAGCGGGCCCUGUGCUGCCACCCACUCCCCCCUGGCCGAGACCAACGGUUUCCUCCAGCUGCGUCUCCACGGCUACCGGGCCAGCUUCCUCAUGUCGUCGCUAAGGAACCUGGCUCACUUCCUGGAGGAUGACUCCGCCCCCCAGGUCCUCCCGAUGGAGAUCAGCGUCAGGGACACACACAUCGACCUGAAGGAUGAUGGUCUCCGUGACAACCCGUCUGACCCUGAUCCCACCCCCAUCACCCUGCACAUCGCCAACCUGCUCAUCCACAGGACAGACGAUGGAGCCUUCUCUAUAGGGGUGGAAAAUGCGUCUGAGGCGGGGCCUAAGAAAGAAGUCCAAUUGAUUGACAGUGGUCUGUCUCCAGUCCCUGAGAGUGUGGUCAGCAGCACUCUCAAGGCCACACAGACCCCUGGCCCUCCUAGCCCUAGCACAACCCCCUCCAACAAAGAACAGCUGCUGAUAGAGGAGAACGAGUGUUUGAAACUGGAGCUCUCCAAAGCCAAGAUGGCUCUAGCUGAGGCCCAAAUGGAGAAGGACUCCCUGUUGCACCGCAUGAAGAGUCUCAAAGUGAGCAACAGCUAGGGUAGGCCACCAGAGGCCCAGUGACCACCAGCCUGUAGUGCUGCAUAUCACCACAGGGGGGAAGCAGAGAGGAGAGAGGGGGUGCUGGAUACUGGAGCUACUUGAUAUAGCAUCACACAAGUAUUAUUCAAGCAUCAGCCAGGUCAUUCAAGCCUGUUCUUAUGAAGAACUGGUCACCUAAGAACUAGACCACACACACGCAGUCCCUGAAAACCAGAGAGGGGGUCUACUUUUUCACUUCAGCCUACCUACCACCCUCAUCCCUACCCCCAGUAGAGGAACUGGAGAGUGGACAGUGUUAGACUUUCAUCCCCUCCUCGAUACAGUGCUACCGUGUCGUCCCUGGGCUGGGACUAGGACUGCAGUACACAUGCUUGUUUUAUGUGAUUGUUGUGCUUGUUUUGAGUUGCUCUCUUUAUGCAGUAAGUUAAUGUUCAGUCUCUCCAGUAAUCCGACUGCAAGCCAGAGCAGCCUCCUAAAUAUGGGAGCGUAAGGAGGGAUGAAGGGGAGAGGGGACGAAUCUAAAUUAAACAGCCCUCAAGUGGAAUGGAGGGGCUAGGGAGGUGGGGUGGGAGUCCUGAAUGUUAGUCUCGGGGGGGGGGGGGGGGGGGGGGAGUUGCCCUCCCCGAAUCGAUACCUUCUAUAUGUAAUAUAACCUUUGAUGGGAGGGGCUUGCCUGGGUGGGGUGAGACACUGAAUGUCAUAUCUUUGGAGGAAUGUCUUAAAAAUAGACUUAUUUUGCACUGCGCUGAAACCGAACAUGUAAUUUGGUGCUUAUGAAAAAAAAAAUAUCUAGCGCUGAACCAAUUGUAUUUGGUGUGUGUAUGGUAAUGUACUUAUGAUGGGCAAAGCGUACACAAUGUUUUCUACAGAAUUCUGAAUGGUUGUGCAGUGUGUUCAACAUGUAUUUGUCAUGUAACUAAAACAAGCAUUUCAUAUAAUUGAAAAGGAAAAUCUACAAUUCUAUAUUUUCACAUGUACUUUUCUUCCAUUCCAUCUAGUUGAUGUCUACAAUGCCCAUAAUGUCCCACUGCACUGUUUAUUCCCCACUAUUUUUCUACAUGUAAAUAGCUAGUUGUGUGUCCAGCACUUUUUAACUACAUUCACUGUAAAUACGAUCCCUGUACGAAAGCAUCGUCCAAUCCGGUUGAGAACACUAUUCUGUCAUCUCUCGAACAUCCAAUGAGUGGAAAGAACACUAAUAUGGAGAGCAAUUACCAUCUCUUUUCUCCUAUGAGGAUAAAGCCGGGGGUGUAUUCAUUAUUUGAAUUCCUUUACAAAAAUGUAUUUUCUGUUCAAAACGUUUUGCAACUAAACACAUUUACUCCAAACGGAAAACGUUUUGCAACGAUUGGACAAAUUCAGGUAGGUCCCCCCUCGUUGGUUCUGUUUGCGGCCUUUGCUUCCGUUAAGUUCCUAGAGUAAAUUCCGUUGCCGUUGCGAAACGUUGUUUUGCAAAGGUCUGCGACUAAUGAAUACAGCUCUUGCCUAGCCUCUGCCGAGCCCAACACCGUACGAUCAGGUUUUAAGGGGAAAUGGAAAGAGCCUGUGACGCGACUUCCACUUUUGGACAUUAACAAGGUGACGCUCCAUCUUCUCCUCCACAUGUACUGGAUUGGUUGAAUGUUGCAGAAGAGAACCUCCCUGACUCCUCCCCCCUCCUCGUCAAGAUUUGUUGUAAAGGAUCCAGUUUCAGGCAUUUAUUUUACGCCUGCUACGUUAGGUAACUCCUCCCAGUGCAGGAGGGGAAACACAGGCAUGUGCUUUUCUGUGCGUGCAUUCUAUAUUUGCAUAAUUAUACAUGUGUAGUUUUCACCCACGUGACGUCGUGCCCAUAUCUGCUGCUGCUCCAUGCUUGUCUGUUGGGGAAGCCUUGGAGUGUUGUAGAAUAGAGCUUGAUUUCCCCUUUGGAACAUGCUUUUGGCUCACACACAAUUCAGCCAGAAGGCAGUUCUGUCUGAAGCAUCACGUCUUACACAGGGACGUUUCCAGUAGUAGCAUGAGAUUUGCUGACGGAUUACAAUGGCUUGCCUCUCUUUAAAGGUGCAGUCUGCAGGUUCUCUGUCCCGUAUGGCAAUGAGAUCAAGUAAAAACACAACUACCCUAAAACAAAACCAAAGAAGGUAAAGGUAGUUCUGUUUACACCAACGAUGACAACUGGUCUUUCUUUGGUUUUCACUGGCAGGCUCACUCGAAUGACCCCAUCCUAGUCCUUCAAAAAGGGCACAGUUUGGGAAUACAUACUUUUUCUACUUUAAAGUCCUUAACUAUCCAAAUUGUGGACCUAGCUCAGCCUAGGCCUAGUUCAGUCCAGCUGAAUGUCUUUCCAAGCUGUGCUGUCUGCGCUCUGCCUUGAUACGAUGCAGGUUCACUUACCUGCUCAACACUGACAACUUGAAUGGCUGGUAGGAUUUGAAUGCUUGAUUGUACUUUAAAGGCUGCCCUCCCCGGAGAUAACUUUCUCAUCCACUUCCUGGUCCAAACGGACCCGCCCCCUCUACAAUAGCUCCUCCCUUGACCUGCUCAGCCGCUCCUCUCCUGGGAGCUUCGCCUCCGCCUCCUGAGAACCUAUUUGUCUGUCGAAGCUGCUGAGCUACUGAUGAAAAUAAAAAGGUAUCCAAUAA